CUUUGUGUUUGAUCAUGAGGUUGUUAAAAUUACGAUGCCAAUAGAGGCUGAAAAAUGGCUAUACUAUAGGGAUGGCCAGCAGCAAUUCAAGGUACCCUUUGCCAUCUAUGCAGACUUCGAGAGUCUGUUAGUCCCAGUAGAAGUUGCAAGAGGUAAAAAGACUAAAAAGCAAGCAUGUACCAUCCGGCUGGUGUACCUAUAGUACCUUUGCCUACGGGUCCUCUAACAGUAUACAGGGGUGAGGACUGCGUCACCCGCUUCGUUAACUAUCUGGAGGACGAGGUGAAACGUCUCUACUAUACCUAUCCGCAGAAACCCAUGAAGCCGCUAACAGAGGCUGAACGUAAACGGCAUGAUGAGGCAUCGAAAUGCCAUAUCUGCAGGAAACCCUUUGACGGCUGCGAAAAUAUUCGUAAAGUCAGGGACCAUUGCCACUAUACCGGGAAAUAUAGAGGUGCAACGCACGCAAUAUGCAACCUCAAAUACAAGAUACCCGGCCACAUCCCUGUCAUCUUCCACAACUUGUCGGGGUAUGAUGCCCAUCUAUUCAUACGGGAAUUAGGGGAAAAAUACGACAUACAGGACAUUGGGUGCAUUGCAGAGAAUACAGAGAAGUACAUCAGUUUCAAUGUCAAAAUCAAGGUACCCCUUGGAGGCAUGGGAUAUGGUGAUGGGGAAACGUAUACAACAAUAGAGAUCAGGUUCAUCGAUUCCUGUCGAUUCAUGCCCUCAAGCCUGGACAAAUUGGCAAGCAACCUCAUUGGUACAAACGCCGCAGGUAUGAAAUGUCAACAGUGUGCAGAUACCUGUCUUGAAUUCCAGAGCAUAGACGCCGAAUAUAAGGUAAGGUUUUGGUGUAAGAAUUGCAACUCAAAUACCACGAAGCAGCUUCAUCAGGACAAGAUAAAGGAAAACGUACCAUCCAUGGCAAAGUUCAUCGACAAAGAUUAUACCUUCAGGCUAAUGCUUCGAAAAGGCGUGCACCCCUAUGAGUAA